CCAUCCUAAACUCCACGCUGAACUCCGUUCAUUCUCGAUCCUCCAUUUAAUAUUUAAGUGUGGAUCGAGCACAAUUUCUUUAAUUUUUAAUUAUUGUGUGGAAUUGGGAAGAAUAGGGGAUAAUUAAGUAAGGUAUCGAGUUUGUUGGCGUGGGUGUAGAGCAAGAUGCAUAAUUAAGAAGUUCAAGUAUUUGAAAGCAAUUUUGGAAUUUAACCACGAUGGGAGAGAAAAAGCUCCACCUCCUCUUCGAACAUGCCUCUGGCUUUGGAAUCUUCAAGAUUCGAGAGUUUGAAGAGGAAAAUAUGUUUAUGGCCGAGGUAGAAGAAUGCAUCCGCGACUUCAGUAGAUUUUCUGCAAUUGCCAGUCAUGUCGCAUUUUCUCCUUUCAAAACGGCUCAAGCAGCGUUGGUAAAUCUUAACUCUGUCACGGAAGGAGUACUGGCAGAUGACUUGAAAAACUUUUUAUCAACCUUGGGAAUUAAGAAUUUGGUAUUGGGAGUGGCAGAGCCAAAAUUGGGAGCUGCAAUUUCAGAAGUGUUUCCCAAAAUCAAAAUUCGAAUUGGGCCUGUCAUCAAUGAAAUUACGAGAGGAAUUCGGACCCAUUUUCAUAAGAUGGUGAAAGCAUUUACUGAUGAAGCUUGUGGCAAAGCGCAACUUGGCCUUGGACAUGCCUAUUCUAGAUCCAAAGUCAAGUUCAAUGUUAAUCGUGCAGAUAACAUGAUUAUUCAGGGAAUUGCCUUGUUGGAUCAGUUGGACAAGGACAUUAAUACUUUUGCCAUGCGGAUAAGAGAGUGGUAUUCCUACCACUUCCCAGAAUUGGUCAAAAUUGUCCCAGAUAACCACUUGUACUGCAGAGUCGUAUCCUAUGUGAAGAACCGAAAGGAGCUCACGGAUGAGUCUGUCGAACCGUUGGAAGAAAUCAUUGGAGAUUCUGCAAAGGCUCAAGCGGUGCUGGAUGCAUCAAGAUCUUCGAUGGGGAUGGACAUCUCUCCCAUCGACCUUAUCAAUAUCGAGGCCUUUGCGAGAAGAGUCAUCAAGUUGGCAGACUACAGAAAGAGUCUGUUGGCGUAUCUUCAAUCCAAAAUGAAUAGUGUUGCUCCAAAUCUAACCUCACUUUUGGGAGAGACUGUAGCUGCUAGAUUAAUAUCUCACGCAGGGUCGCUUACUAACUUGGCAAAGUUUCCUGCCUCCACCGUCCAGAUUCUCGGAGCCGAGAAGGCUCUGUUCAGGGCGUUAAAGACUAGAGGCAAAACCCCAAAAUACGGUCUUCUCUUCCAUUCUACAUUCAUAGGUCGUGCUGGAGCUGCAAACAAAGGUCGAAUUUCCAGAUUUCUCGCCAACAAAUGUACAAUUGCCUCCCGAAUUGACUGUUUCACAGAACUGCCAACCAGCGUCUUUGGUGAAAAGUUGAAGGAGCAAGUAGAAGAGCGUCUAAAGUUUUAUGAAACGGGGGAUGUACCCAGAAAAAAUACCGACGUGAUGAAAGAAGCCUUAGAAGAAUCUUUCAGCGCAGCCCUUACUAUCACCGACAGGAAGAAAAAGAAGGCAAAGAAGAAUACGAAAAAGGCUGAAAACACGGAGGAAGGUAUUGACCAAGAGCAGGCAGUUGUUGCGCCAGUCUUGGCUGGGAAAAAACGCAAGCGUCAAGCUGACCCCUUGGAUGAUAGCUUAAACGCAGCGAAUGGAAAUGAUAACGGGGACGAAGAAGAACAACCGGAAGAGCCAGCAAAAAAGAAGAAAAAGAAGAAGAAACAAUAAGACGAGAUUUUGGAUAUGUAAGAAUUACAUAUAUUGUUACUCGAAUAAUUGUUAUAUAUUUUCUCUUUGUCUUACUUACGACUAUGCUAGUAAAUGCUGGGCUCUUGUUUUUGACGUUGAUUUGUACAAGUGGAUAUUUUUAUUUAAAUUCGUGUUAAUGAUUUCUUUUUCAAAAUAAACUGUUAUUGUUACAAA